GUGUGUGUGUGUGGUUGGUUGUGUGUGUAACAUAAAUCCUAAGGUUGGGGGGUCCCAGAACUCUUAUCUGUAGAGAACCGUUUGAAACCAAGGUGUGCACUAUCAUGCAUAAGGCAUGUCGAGAUAUCAGCCGAACAGCGGGGGUUAAACAUAGAUAUCUCUAAUCUGCGGCCCCCACACACCCCGUUUGCAGACAGAAUGUCACGACAUCCCCUCCUGUUGUUUGAAUUCACAGCCUGUGUUCUCUAAACCAGACAUACAUGGGUUGGGGUGUAGCAUACAUCUCUCAAAAAAACUCAUUCCGAACUUUUAGAUAGUUAGGGACAGAACUAUUUUUUAACGUUGUCAGCAUUGCUUUAGCGCAAACAUAAAGGCCCGAAUAUUGAGCUGCACGGACAGAUUAAAAUAAUAAUAAUAAUAUUCGGAAUAAGGGAAUCUCGCAUAAUGGAUAUUUCUGGAGGAUCCCCGACAUUUACGCAGCUUUUACGCGAUUUACCUGAUCUGGAACAUGAUGGGGGUUCGCAGGAGCAAAAGUCUGGCAGACAAUCACCAACGGCCUUUUUUCGUUCCGACAUACAGCCCUUUAUGAUAAAGGAUGCGUUAUGGACAGCUGACACGCAGGACUUUGAUGCAAUUCUACCGUUCACUGUGGCCCAAGUACACUGCUCAGAAUCAAGCCCACCCGAAAACUACUGUUGGGCCGGGAACUUGCUGCUUCACGAGCCGGCGCUCCAGGGACAAGACUGCCCGGAGACAGACCCAGCAGAAUCUGGAACGCUAGAGGGAAAAAGUCACACACCCCCGGUUUCGGCGAUUCGUCACAACAAGCGCCAAAAAAGCCGAGACUCCGCACCGGCGAAAAACGGCACAGACGACCACAUAAAUCUAGAGCUGGGGGAUUCCGGCGCCCCGAGCAUUCCGAAUGAAACACCCAAGAGACCUGUUUUUAAUGACAUGUCAGAUGUUGAUGACCAGCUAUUCUGUGAUGCGGCCAACCUUAUAGACCCAGUCAAUUCUACGGCCUCAGUACCUGCAGCCGAACAAGAAAGGUUUUUCACAUUAUUUUCCAGGGCUUUGAAAUCGAGGAAUGUUUUGCUAUACAAACGACUGGGGGAUUUAAUUGAGAGACAGUACAGAGACGAUAUGUUAUUCUGGCAUAGAACAAUUCCACGCAUGUUAAACAGCAACCCCAUUAAAAAACGCAAAUACAGACGCUAAAAUCAUACAUGUAACACCAACCAUUACAGAAAGAAAAAAAAAAACGAACACUCUUAAUUAUCCAAAAAUGGCAGAACUAACGCAACACGGGGAGACAGUUGAAAGCCUCUUAUCCCAGAUUCCAGACGAACUCCUAGAAGUUAUAAGACGUAUGAACGAUUCAGGAACGUUAGAUGAAAGCAUAUUAACACAGAUUCCAGCCGAACUCUUAGAAAUGAUUAAUCGUAUGAACCAGUCAGGGGGGGUUGAGGAAAACAUGUUAUCCCAGAUUCCCGAAGCCCUCAUAACCUUAAUUAAUCGUAUGAACGAGAGUCAGACAAUUUCGGCCCCGACAACCCCGACAGCGAUAACACAACCCGUAACGCCUAGGUCCGUAGAGUCUGAAACGCCACA